AUGGUGAUUACAUCUUCUAGAACCAGAUCGAGCGGUCCGGUGUUACGCUCGGUGUCACCGUCCGGUCGUUUUUCCGGUGUGUAUUCGAAGGGUGCUCCGUCGUCUUCAGGUUUCGCUUCUUCCACAAGCUCGAGUUUCUCCUCGUCUUCAGCUUUUUUCAGCAACCACCAUCAGCAACAACACCACAGAUCUGCAUCUCCGACGCGUGUGAAUCUGUUCACAUCAGCUCCGUUAAAGCAAUCGUUUCGUUAUUCGAUCGAUAACAGAUCUAUAUCACCGAAUCGAUCAAUCGCUGUUUCGAAGCAAAGCAGUCAUAAGAUUCCAGAUUCAAGGAGGAGAUGUAUGUGUUCUCCAACGACACAUCCUGGUUCGUUUCGAUGUAGUCUACACAAAAACGUUGCGAAUCCACACGGUCAAGGCGCAGUGACGUAUCCAACUAACAGUUUGAAUAUGCGUAGAUCUGCUAUGACGAAUUCUCUGGUGAGAAUCGGUGGUGUAGAAGGUGAAUGGGUGAGGAGAGCUUUGACUACGUUGAUUCGACCUUCGUCACAUCAGCUCAAGAGACGAUCUGCUUAUCAGCCUCGUCCUAGUCGACUCUCGUCCAUGUCGAAAGCAGAAGUAGAUCAUCUUUGA